CAUUUACGCAGUCAACUCAGGGAAUGCGUUGUCAUGGAAACCCUUCAACACCAACAUGGCGUCGCUUUUAACGGAUCCAUUGUUUGAAACUUCUGGACGGGGUCCUGCGCCAAGUAAAGACUUUUAUUAUUUUUCUGUCACCAAGUCACAGGUGAUAUGGAGAUGGUGGAAGAUUUCUCCCAGACUUGUGGACAGAUACUCCAAGCCAGGGGAGGAGAAGGAGUCUCACAGUGUCUUCUUGGAUGACACUGAGCUUCAGAGGGAAGUCAGGAUGGUUUUCGGACAAAAGAUCUUGCAGUUCACCAAGGCUUUGUGCCAAGGCCAUUACAAUUACCUUGAGCGCCUGUCUGACUUCAUCCUUCUGCGAAUAAUAAACUAUCUGGAGCUUGAGGAUGUCGGUCAGCUUGGACGAACCUCACACAGGUUUAGGCAGUUGUGUAGGUCAGAGGAGUUUUGGGAGCAGGCAAUGCGCCACCGUUGCUGCAGCAUUUCAUCUGAAGUGCCGUCUCUGGCCCUGGAAGUGGGCUGGCGCAGCAUUUUCUUCACCAACAAGUUACAGCUGCAGAAGCUGCUCUGCCGCAGGAGACUGAAGGCUGAGGAGCAACAGGAAGUCCACGUCUAUGAUGAAGUUACAAAGUCAGAGGGUUCUGUCAAUGAAAGCUCAGGCUCUGAAGAGGAAAUUCUCUCUGAUACCAUUUGCCUUCAAGGUGCUGGAACCGAUCCAGGCUUGGACACCAACCCCUCCUGUGAUGUUGGCCCUGAUCUAGAGGGCGACUGUGAUUCUAUCAAGUUCAUUGCUGACCGCUUCAGGGAGGACAUUAGGUUCUCUGAGGUAGAGACUUUGGUUGAAAAAAGGAAGCUGAGCAGGGGGGUAGGAGACAGCACAGAGCCAAUCUAAUUCAUUUAAGCCUUUCAUCAAAAGUUCCUAAAGUUUCAGUUUGGACUCGUAUUAUUAACAUACAUGGUCAAAUAUUUGGUUAGUUGCUUCUUCUAAACAUGUUUGUUUUGAUUUGUCUACAUUUCUUGUUAUGUAUGUUAUCACAGAGACUUAGUUUACAGCAACAAGAAUAAUUUUAUCUUAUUAUACAUUAUAAUUUACAAAUUAUACCAGACUGUUAGUUGGUCAAUGUCUGUGCUGCUAUUAAUUGGUUCAGUAAAAAAGGAUCUGCAUGCUCCGUGGUCCCAUGUUCUGAUAUGAAAAGAAGAGUUAAAAACAAAUUGUUACGAUGCUUCUCACUGAUGCAAACAUUUUAGUUCACUAGUAAUAAUGAAAGAAGAACUAAUUCAUUCCAAUUGAAAAGAUUCAUAUUAUCCAAAGUUAUAGAAUGCUUUUUGAAAAUCAGAUUUAAUGAUGUGAUUUGAUUGUUAAACUAUCAUCAGCUCUUCCUUCUAUCUUCAACAAUCUUCUGAAACCAUCAAUAUUUUUUGCAGUUCUUGCUGCACAUACGUUUUCUGUUUUCCACUUCUUUAAAAGAAAGCAUUAUUACAGCGUUCUGUAGAUCAGUAAAGGUGUCAACAUUU